AUGUGGUCAACAAGAGGAAACAUCGAUCUAGUGCACGCGGACGCACCCUACCAGAUGGAGUACAAGGAGUACACAUGGCAGUGCGCCUGCGGCACGAAUACCAUAAUCUCAACAAAUGACAUGGUGACGCAAGUAUGGGCGGGGCUGCAGGUAUAUAAGGCUCUGGUUUGUUUGGGAAAGCAUCAGUCACCUCCAACGUUCACCACCGCCAUGACUAGCAAGGUUGUUUUGUUGGCCGCCCUUGUGGUUGCAGCCCUCGCCAGGCCUGAUCCACAGUACAGUCCCCCCACUCCUGCAUACAACACCCCAGCCCCCUCCUACAACGCCCCCGCUCACCCUAGACCUUCCUACUCUGCUGCUCCUGCUUAUCCUGACACUCCUCCCCAGUACAACUCCCAGUACGCCGUGAGAGACGACCACUCCGGCAACGACUUCGGCCAUGAAGAAUCUCGUGACGGCUACAACACCCAAGGUACCUACUCCGUGCUGCUUCCCGACGGUCGUGUGCAGAGGGUGACUUACUACGUCGACGGUGACUCCGGCUAUGUGGCUGAGGUGACCUACGAGGGUGAGGCCCAGUACCCAGCCUACCAGCCUGCCCCAGCACCCUCUUACAGGCCCGCUCCUGCACCCUCCUACACGCCAGCACCCAGCUAUGCCUAAGUUGAAUUCAAGAUCUACAAUGCAUUGCUUAUUGACCAUUGUAUUUACAAACCAUCGAGAAUGUAGUGAAGAUCAGUAUUUAUUGAACAACCAUUAAUAAACGUUAUGCACUAUUAA